AUGUCACUGUUGAAUCUGUCAUUGAAGGCUUCUUAUUCUUCAUGUUCUUGGCCAACCAUCAGUGCAUUCUCAAAAGAUUCAUCUCUUGAUCAACAAAGUUGUGCCACAUUAGAUGACCCUUUCAUCCAUUCUAGAGCAGCAUACUACUCAGAUUCUGAUGACAAAGGAUUAGAAAUUGAAAGAUGUGGAUAUGGCUCAUUUGGUGCAACAAUUAACAAUGUAUAUGUAGCAUCUGCAUCUAAUCUUUACAAAGAUGGUUUAGUUUAUGGUACUUACAGUAGCAGGUCAAUUGAGGAUGUAGGUUAUGUUUAUACCAGGUUAUAA